AUGGAACAGACGAGAUUUUUUAACCGGAUAAUUAACUCGCCAGCAACUUCAACAAGUCGACCAACUGCUCCUGCAGCCCCAGAAAGUCGGCCAGCUACUCCUUCAACAAAUCGACCAGCAGCUCCUGCAGCCCCAGAAAGUCGGCCAGCAACUUCAACAAGUCGGCCAGCUACUCCUUCAACAAGUCGACCAGCUGCUCCUGCAGCCCCAGAAAGUCGGCCAGCUACUCCUUCAAUUCAAACAAGUCGACCAACUGCUCCUGCAGCCCCAGAUAGUCAGCCAGCUACUCCUCCAAUUCAAACAAGUCGACCAGUUGCUCCUGCAGCCCCAGAAAGUCGGUCAGCUACUCCUUCAACUUCAACAAGUCGAUCAACUGCUCCUGCAGCCACAGCAAGUCGGCCAGCUACGGUUUUAGUAGAACUGCCUCCAGCUACCACUAAAGUUCCGAAAAUACUACAUCGAUCAACAGCUACUUCUGCUGUGAUUAAAGGAGCUUGGUCAUAUACCGAUGAAGUUCCGGUACCCACUUUGCCAAGAGCAACGGCAGCAUUAAAAGAAGGGACCAUUCAAGUACAAGUCACGUCAUCAAAAGCUCGAAAAGAAGUUCCUCUGGCCAUAUGCGAUCCGGAAAAUGGAACACGAAAGUCGAAAAGAAGACGCAUGGAGAAAUCUUUUGCGGAUGACGUAGACUCAACCUCGGAUCCUUUAAGGAAACCUACAUUAUGCGCAGCUCUGCCUUGCAGAAAGCCGAGGGGGAGACCGAUAUGGAUUCUGUGUGAUGGCAAAUGUGGCAAAUGGUUUCACCAAACGUAAAGCGAUCAGGGAACCGAAACUGAAUAUGAGUUGGAUGACGAGUUCAUGGGGAGGAGGCAGAUCCGUGUUCGCUUCAUUCACCUCAACACGCUCUGGUUCGUUGACAUCAUUGGUCUGAGUCCCUUUUUUACCAUCAAUCUCAUCUUUCACAUCUUCAUCAAACUUUCUUCAUUGCUAAUGCUUCAUUGCGUUUCAUGAUAAGUGCGAUUGUUAUAUAUUGUUUUAUACCUGAGAUCCUGAGAAAUACAGAUUUUUUUUUUUAA